AUGGGAUGAACAGGUAAAAUUAAUAAUUAGUGGAGUACACAUAAAGCGGUAAAGGUGCACAGAAGAAUCGUGGAAUACCCCUUAUGGCGAUAUUCGGUUUCAGCCCUCCAAGAAUGUCUAUGGCUACCCUUUCCAUUGGACCACCCACUAUAUCGGAGACAUGCAACGGAGCUUUUCCCCGGUGAGGACAAGAUUUUCUCUUAGCACACAUUUCACAUGAUCGACACCAAUUCUUUACAUCCGCAGUAACACCAGGUCAGUAGAACCUUCUCCUAACUGUCUCGAGCGUUAUAUCCUUACAUAAAUGGCCCGAUGUCAUAGAGUUGUGCAGAUGAUGAAGUAUUUUUUCUUGAAUUUCUCUGGGCGCAAUUAUUUGUUUACCUCCCCGUCCAGGAUGUGUUGAGCCAUCUACCCGCAAUAGAAGUCCAUCUUCCCCUAUGUAGAGACUUUCCCACAUAUAGUAAAGGGAGAAAAACUCUCAAGGAAAUGCAGGUAUCUCAGACUGUGGUGGUUUAUCUCUACUUCUCCAUUAAUUUCACCACUGUUCCUACCACCUGAUCUUCCCUCUGCCAUUCCCUGAGCUGUGCUACUUCCCAUGUCCUUGAUAUCAGGAGUGAGUAUGUACGUAAGGGGCUGUAACAAAAGAAAACAAAAGAAUCUUUUGUUUAAAUUCAAUGGAUCUAUUGUUUGAUUUCUAUAGGCUAUUGUUCGAAGACAAUACAUCAAAGGAAUCUAUUGUUAUCGAUUUGUAAAGGUAUUGUUAUCGAUUUGUAUGGUCUAUUGAAUUGGUGGCGUACAGGUGUUCCGAGGUCAUUGACCUAGAAAAUGCGGUCAGUGGGGAAAAACCAAAGCACAGGUGUUCCAAGGUCAUUGACCGAGUAAUGCGGGGGAAACCCACAUAUAUGGUGUGAAGAAAAAAAUAGGAACUUUGGGGGACUGAGAAUACGUUCAGUGGCUAGUGUAGAGAUAAAAAUAGAUUCUGUAUCUGAGGAGGGCGUUGCUAAAAUUAGAACGUAGUCACUGAAGAAAACACCUAGUUAAAUAUAGAACCUGUACAGAAUGCCUGAGAAUAAACAUUUGUUUUGGCAGAUUUUAACAUAUAAAAAGACCGUUGACCAAUCAUCUCUCAGGUUGUUUUAUUGCUAUGUUGAUAUGUACUAUAUUAGAAGUUAGCCAUGUAUUCCCUUUUUAAAAAAAAACUAAAACCAGAAACUGAGUGUUGGAAUACUGGAAAAUGGAGGAAAAACACAAGUUAAAGCUGGGAAAAAAUUGGGUAUUUCUGGUGAAAAAUCUACCCACGAUGGAAAUAGUGUAUAUGUUGCAUCAUCAUAACGUGCUAACAGACUAUAUGGUGGAAGACAUAGAGACAGAAAGGAACAAGUAUGAUAAAGCCAGAACAUUUUUGAGUAUAUUAACCAGAAGAGGACCAGCUGCAUUUAGUAAAUUACAUGAGAGCUUGAUCAAUUUAGAAAGACAGGAUAUAGUAUGUGUUUUGGACAUGUCUGAUUAGGUCAACAGAUCCAUGACACUGUAUGGAUAGGUCAUUGUUAUAAUUAGAUUUUUCGGUUAGAUACAACCUAUGAUAGGAUUCUGUAUUUAUGUAGAAGUUUUGGAUAGCAACAGUCUCUCGACGAAAAUAUAAAAACAGUUACAAGAGAUACGAAUACAUUUUCCAUGGAAAAGUACUGAAAAAAAGUCAUACAUCACACGAUUAUGACUAUAUAAACCCCACCAAAACGGUACACAAACCAUCAGUUUAUCAGAAUACUCUGAACGAACAGCUCGACAUAAUCUACUACCAGCUCCGUCAGAAGAAGAAAAAUGGCCGAAACUCCACGUUCACCCGUUGUAGUGCCUGCUGCUCUGUUGCCGAAACGAAGACAGCAUGCAAAGCGCAGAAUAUUGGACACCGAUGCUGCAACAUCUCUGAGAAGUAAGCUUUUUUUCUUUGACGAAAACACCAGAGAAAGUUUUGAAGAGGAGUCAGACGUCCUAAUCAUCGACGAUAGCCCCAUGAAAAAGGUGAAGAUAGAGCCUGUCAGUCCCACUGAGAUGAAACAAAUUAACAACGAAACCUCAAAGCGUUCCAUGCAUGGAGCAGGAGUGGACAUCAAAAGUCACUCAAAGAGCAAAUACAUUAACAGUAAGAACCUGUGUCAGUUAGACAUUGGGAAUGACCUUUACCUAGUAGCCAAUAACUUUCAGGACAAACUGUGGUUCCAUAUUCGUGUGUAUGAGAAACGAUUGGACAACACGACAUAUCCCACAAAAAAGGGCAUCGUCCUGGAUUUAGAAAAAUUGACAAAACUCUUGACAUGGUAUGUUGAUGAUGUGGACGAGGCCAUCAAAGAAUAUGAUGACGACAAUAAAGACGUAGACUUGCACAUUCAUCUUGGAUGUAACUAUUACGUUAGCCUAAAGCAAGGAUACCCUGUUGUGAACAUUAGGCGGUGGUUUCUGCCCGACAACGAGGAGCAGAUUGAUGCGUGAACUGAACUCAAAAAAACAAUAAGGGGGUUUUGUUGUAUUCAACUGAAGCUUUUGUGGGAUGUUGAAAUGACAAUGAGUAGAUUCAUUUUCUUAUAAUCUACUGGGUUAAAUUUUUAUUUUAUUUUUUAUUAAUAAUGAUUUGUUACAUGUCCUGUUGGAUGCCUUCCUGUUCUAACAGUGCCAUGCAAGGUACAUUUUUGUUCUAAGGAGGAAAUAAAAAAUAUCAUGUGUACAAUUUAUAUGCAUUUGUCCUUUAUUGUUUUCUCUUAUAAUUAGAUAUUGUUUUCUCUUAUAAUUAGAUUUAAUAUAUGAGUUUUCAGCCAUUUACAAUGUUGACAUCAGGGGAGCAACAGUAUUUGGAGAGUAUUUGGUCCGACCCCAAACAUGCAGGGUCAUUUACUGGUCCAUACAAGUUAUACCAGCUCGUUAAAAAGGAAGCUUGCUAAAGGUAGAAAACCCAGGGUGUUACGGACAGACAAAGGAAGCGAGUUUAAAAACAAAUGGGUACAAGAGUACCUGAAGUCAGUUAAUGUGCAUUUGAUAUUUUCUGAAUCGGAAAAAAAGGCUAACUAUUCAGAAAGAAGUAUCAAAGGGAUAAAAGACAGAAUGUACAGAAUGUUUACACAGAGACAGUCGUACAGAUACAUUGAUCAAUUGGCAAACAUCACCAAUAUUAUCAACAACACUCCAUCCAUACCUCUUGGCGGUAUUACCCCCGCAUCGGUAAACAAAGAUAAUGAAGACGAAGUCCGAUUAAAUGCCUAUUUGAUAAGAACGAAGACUAAAUUGAAAACCACGUC